AUGGCUUCCAACGAUAGGAAAUACCGGUUGACAUAUGAGCCACUCAAUCGGAGUAUACUACAGGAGUGGCAGCCAUCCGGGUGCUUUGACAAGUCUUUUGGCAGUUACUACAUCGUGAGAUCAAAUUACAAUGCACAGGAGGAUUGGUACUGCAAGCAUAGGUAUUACAGUUAUCCGGGUGCUGAAUCGUACCAUUACGUCAAUUUGACUGGUUGGUAUUACUCAUUGAACCCAGAUGGCAGUGAAGAGAAGCUUCAUGUGAAACAGAAGAUAGCCGAGUACCACCCGCCCAACAGCCUUGUUUGGGAAGAUCGGUCAGAUAAGAUUCCUUGGGACAAAUUGCCAGCGAAACCUGAUCGCUGCAUUGAAAAUAUUAGCCGUCCUGCUCCUUGGUUUUGGACGGAACUUGAGCAACGAGAGCGGAAGCGAGGUAUGGCUUGGUCUCUCCUAGUAUGUGGUAUAGCUGACACCAGACAGUCACAGCUGAAAGAACCGAGCGACAAUACGAAGGAUGUGACGUUCAGAUCUGCGAGCGAGACCUCGGUGAAAUCAGAGGGCGACACAUCUGGAGGUGGUUCCUCCACCGACCAGACGCCUCAGGAAGAGCUACCCGAAAACAAAGUGCCCACAACGAAGAGAAACUCGACUACGACAAAGUUCACCAGCGUUAAGUCAAAACCCCAUCCCAGGAAGACCGAAAGGUCAGAGAAAGAGCCCGAAGAGGGCAAGAAGCAGAAGAGACAGAAGAAGGCCGAAAGCAACCAGGCCGAGGAGCAGGAUAGUCCUCGACUGAACAAGCUGAAAGCCGAAAAGCGAAAGUUCGAGGAGCAGGAGUCUCAAGAGAACCACGAAGGAAUGGAGCCUGGAAACAAGAAGCGUAAGAAGGAGAGGAUACCCGAGGCGAAGCGUAAAGAAGUAGGCCGGUGUGAUUCCGCGGACCUACCAAAUCGCAAGCGGAAGGUCAACGAUGAAGACGAAGUGGCCACGACUCCAAUUGCGGUCAAAAAGAAGAGACGCCACGGGAUUCAGGAGAGUGGUGUGGCCAUAGGGGUCGGAAUAUGCUAG